UACAGGUGCCGGGCGGAGAACAGGGAGGACUCGCUCGAUGCCGUGGCCCACAUACAGGUCCAAGUUGCUCCUAGGUUUCUGAGGCAGCCGGCCAACGCUCUCGCCUAUGAGAAGGAGAACGUAGAGCUGGAGUGCAGCGUGUACGGCCAGCCAGAGCCCUCGCUCCACUGGCUCAAGAACGGCGAGCUGCUGGUGGAGACGGAAUACCUUCAGAGUGUGAGCGGCAACAACCUGCAGAUCCUUGGCCUGGUGCGCCAGGAGGACUCCGGGAUGUACCAGUGUGUGGCGCACAGCUCGCCGGGGACGCCCAGCUGUGUGUCCUUGAGUCAAAGAACGCGUCCAGAACGUGAGUGGAGCUCCUCCAGCGAGGGACGGGAUGAAUACAAGACCCAGAUCAGCAACCUAAGUCCCGGGAGUAACUACAUGGUGCGGGUGGCGGCUUACACCUCCGGCGGCCUGGUGGGCGCCUCCAUACAUGAGGUGCGGGUGUUCACCAAGCCGGACCUGGACCUGCCCUCCGCCUCAGAGUCUGAAAGUUGUCUCCACCUCACCCACCAGUCUGGAGGCCACUUGGUCGCCGCCCGUACUGGCCAAAACGCCCAUCACGGGAUACACCAUGUUCUAUACGCAGUUUUCUCCUCAGGUUGGGUCAGCAGAAGAACACGAAGUAAAGGUCACUGGUACGUCACAUGACCUCCAAGGCCUGGACCAGUUCACAGAGCACAGCGUGUGGCUCACCGCCAUCAACAGUAAUGGCGGGGGAGACGCCACCCCUUAGGUCACUGCCAGAACCUUCUCAGACAUGCCCUCAAAGGAGCCUCAGAAUGUGAGCGUUGAGGCUGCCAGCUCAAGGAGCCUCAUCAUCUGCUGGGAGCCUCCGCUGGCCGAGCACCAGAAUGGGAUCAUCACCAGCUGCAAGAUCCGCUUCAAAGAGCGCGGCGAGUCAGGUUCCUCCAAGACUAAAGCCACAGACGGAAACAGACGACUCUUUGCCCUCAAGAAAAGCACCACAUACUCCAUAAAGAGGUGCCAAAGGAAGGUUCGUCCAGCCACGCCCUGCAGCCAGCCAUCCCUCAUUCCCUCCUGCUCGUUCUCCUCAAGUAAAGAUUAUUUGCCCCGAGGAACAACCUCCUGGAUCUUCUACUGAAUACAU